GGUAGUAGCUGUGAGAUAAACAGACACAGUGCUACAUGAUGAAGCUGUCUACAAGUUUACUUUUCCUAUUUUUGGGUUUAAUAUGUGGAACCAAAAGUGCACGUAUUUUGGGCAUUUACCCUUUGCCUGGCCGUAGCCACUACCGCCUGGGCUCCGCUUUAUUCAGAGAAUUAGCAGAAAGGGGACACGACGUUACUGUAAUAUCCCCAUUUGGUGAAAAAGAUCCUCCGAAAAAUGGGACCUACCGAGACAUAGUCCUCGAUGGCAUAUUCGAAGGGGAUGAGAAACACAAGGGGAAACAAUGGAACAUGUUCAAAAGGGAAGGCUUGAAUCCUUUCGUUGGUGCAUACGUGGUGGCAACCAUGGCGUCUAAAUUUAUGGGAGUGAUUCUCAACCACACCAAAGUGCAAGAACUGCUCCAUUCUGAUGAGAAAUUCGACGUUGUUAUUACAGAUAAUUUCCUGAGCGAUGCGUUUAAAGCAUUUGCCAUGCAUUUUGACGCCCCACUCAUUGUAAUUAAUCCCGUGGGGCCCAACUUCUGGAUAAACCCCCUCGUUGGCAACCCUUCCCCACCCUCAUACAUCCCCGAUAUUUUACUCAACUAUUACCACCCGAUGACGUUUUGCGAAAGAAUGGUAAACACCCUAAUCUACGGCUUCAAUUUUCUGCUCUAUAACUGGAUGGUUUUUCCCCGACACAACGAGUACGUCAAACAGUUUAUCCCACGAGGGGGCGACUUAAACGACAUUCUUUACAACACGUCUUUGGUGCUUUUGAACUCGCACCCGAGCCUCAACCAGCCGGUGCCUCUAGUGCCCAACAUGAUCGAAAUUGGCGGAUUUCACAUGAAACCGGCCAAAAAACUACCGGACGACUUACAAGACUUCUUGGAUAAGUCCGAAGAAGGGGUGGUUUACUUCAGUAUGGGCUCAAACCUUCAGAGCGUUUUGUGGCCAAUUGAGAAGCGUGAGGUUUUCCUGAAAACCUUCUCCAAGCUGAAAAUGAAAGUUCUGUGGAAGUGGGAAGACGACGAACUUCCCGGGAAGCCACCAAAUGUUAAAAUAUCCAAAUGGGUGCCCCAAAUGGACGUCCUUGCCCAUCCCAACUUGAAACUAUUCAUCACCCAUGGUGGGUUCGUCAGCUCGGUGGAGACAGCCUACCAUGGCAAGCCCAUGCUGGCCAUUCCUAUUUAUGGCGAUCAGAGAAACAACGCCAAUUUUGCGUACAAGAACGGGUUUGGGCGCUAUAUUACUUACGGAAAUCUUACAGAAGAAAAUUUAUUAGCAACUAUAAACGAAAUGUUGGAUAAUCCCAAAUAUAGUGAAAACGCCAAAAUCAGGUCACAAAUUUUCCACGAUCGUCAGGUGCACCCAAUGGAUACGGCCGUUUAUUGGGUCGAAUAUGUGAUAAGACACAGAGGGGCACCACAUUUGCAAGUUGCAGCUCUUGACUUGCCCUGGUACAAAUAUUUGCUAGUAGAUGUUAUUUUUGUCGUUGUAAUGGCACUAAGCUCUCUAAUUUUCGUAACCUGGUUUGUACUUAAGAAGGUUUGCAAGAAGAUUUGUGCAAAAAAGAAUACACAAAAAGUCAAAACCAAUUAGUUUUUUAUGGGAAGUAAAUAAUAAACAUUUAAAUAAAAA